CACGCCUUCACCAGCCCUCCAGGAAAGGGCGGGGCUAUGUGUCAAAAGCAGCCAAUGGGUGUCCCAGAAGGUGCGUCUCCGCGAGAGCCGCGGCGCGAACUCUUCCGCGGUGCCUGAGGCUGGAGGAGUGCUGAGUCCAUGGAGCCAAGCGAGGGCGCGAGUACAGAACUUGCUAAGGCCAUCAAGCCUAUUGAUAGGAAGUCAGUCCAUCAAAUUUGCUCUGGGCAGGUGGUCCUCAGUUUAAGCACUGCUGUGAAGGAGUUGGUAGAAAAUAGCGUGGAUGCUGGUGCUACCAGUAUUGAUCUAAGGCUUAAAGACUAUGGGGUGGACCUCAUUGAAGUUUCAGACAAUGGAUGUGGGGUAGAAGAAGAAAACUUUGAAGGUCUAGCUCUGAAACAUCACACUUCUAAGAUACAAGAGUUUGCUGACCUGACUCAUGUUGAAACUUUUGGCUUUCGGGGAGAAGCUCUGAGUUCACUCUGUGCACUGAGUGAUGUCACUAUAUCUACCUGCCACAAGUCUGCAAGCAUUGGCACUCGACUGGUGUUGGACCACAAUGGGAAGAUCACCCAGAGAAUCCCCUACCCCCGACCCAAAGGAACAACAGUCAGCGUGCAGCGCUUAUUUUAUACGCUACCAGUGCGCCACAAAGAAUUUCAAAGGAAUAUUAAAAAGGAGUAUGCCAAAAUGGUCCAGGUCUUACAGGCAUACUGUAUCAUUUCAACAGGCAUCCGUGUAAGCUGCACUAACCAGCUUGGACAAGGAAAACGGCAACCUGUGGUGUGCACAAACGGAAGCACCAGCGUGAAGGAAAAUAUCAGCUCUGUGUUUGGCCAGAAGCAGUUGCAAAGCCUCGUUCCCUUUGCUCAGCUGCCCCCUAGUGACUCUGUCUGUGAAGAGUACGGCCUGAGCUGUUCUGACAAGCCACAUGAUCUUUUCUGCAUUUCAGGAUUCAUUUCACACUGUACACAUGGUAGUGGGAGGAGCUCAACAGACAGACAGUUCUUCUUCAUCAAUCAGCGUCCUUGUGACCCAGCAAAGGUCUCUAAACUUGUGAACGAGGUUUAUCACAUGUAUAAUAGGCAUCAGUAUCCAUGUGUUGUUCUUAACAUUUCUGUUGAUUCAGAAUGUGUUGAUAUUAAUGUGACUCCAGAUAAAAGACAGAUUUUACUACAGGAGGAGAAGCUUUUGCUGGCGAUUUUAAAGACCUCCUUGAUAGGAAUGUUCGACAACGACGCAAACAAGCUUACUGUCAGCCAGCAGCCGCUGCUGGAUAUUGAAGGUAACUUAGUAAAAAUGCGUGCAGCAGAAAUAGAAAAGCCUGUGUCGGGAAAGCAAGACAAUUCACCUUCAUUGAAGAUCACAGCGCAUGAGAAAAGGGUAGCAUCCAUUUCCAGACUGAGAGAGGCCUUUUCUCUUCAUCCUACCACAGAGGUCAAGUCUUGGGGCCCGGAGACCCCUGAACUGAGGCAGAAUUAUCCAAGUCAGAAAAGGGGUGUAUCAUCUUCUUGUCCUUCGAAUCUCAUCUCUCCUAGAGGUCUAUGUGGCUCCCAGGACAGAGUGGUGAGCUCCACAGAAAGCCCUGACUGUAUGGACAGAGUGAACCUAGAAAAAGACUCGGGGCUCAGCAGCACCUCAGCCAGCUCUGAGGAUGGGGUUAGCACCCCUGAAGUGGCCAGUAGCUUUAGCAGUGACUAUGCAGUGAGCUCUCCAGAAAACAGAUCUUCACAGGAAAACAUGGACUGCCCUCCUUCAGGUACAGGACACCACCUGAAGCAAGAAGAGAGCAGGUACAAAUGCGCAGUUCUGCCUCCACCAAGUCCUCUCUCUUCCUCAGAUGCUAAGCGUGUCAAGACAGAAGAAAGACCUUCAAAUACUGGUGUUCCUCCAAAAUUGCUUGAUGCUCAGAACACCUCAGCAGCUCAGGUUGAUGUGGCUGUGAAGAUUCAUAAGAAAAUAGUGCCCCUUGACUUUUCUAUGAGUUCUUUAGCUAACCGGGUGAGGCAGUUACAGCAACAAAAGCAGCGGAAUGAAAGUGAGCAGAGCUACAGGAAAUUUAGAGCCAAGAUUUGCCCUGGAGAAAACCAAGCAGCGGAAGAUGAACUCAGAAAAGAGAUUAGUAAAUCGAUGUUUGCUGAGAUGGAGAUCUUGGGUCAGUUUAACCUGGGGUUUAUAAUAACCAAACUGAAGGAGGACCUCUUCCUGGUGGACCAGCAUGCUGCAGAUGAGAAGUACAACUUUGAGAUGCUGCAGCAGCACACUGUGCUCCAGAUGCAGAGGCUCAUCACGCCCCAGACUCUGAACUUAACUGCUGUCAAUGAAGCUGUGCUGAUAGAAAAUCUGGAAAUAUUCAGAAAGAAUGGCUUUGAUUUCAUUAUUGAUGAGGAUGCUCCAGUCACUGAAAGAGCUAAAUUGAUUUCCUUGCCAACUAGUAAAAACUGGACCUUUGGACCCCAAGAUAUAGAUGAACUGAUCUUUAUGCUAAGUGACAGCCCUGGGGUCAUGUGCCGGCCCUCAAGAGUCAGGCAGAUGUUUGCUUCCCGAGCCUGUCGGAAGUCUGUGAUGAUUGGAACCGCUCUCAACAUAAGCGAGAUGAAGAAGCUCAUCACUCACAUGGGUGAGAUGGACCACCCCUGGAACUGUCCCCAUGGAAGGCCAACCAUGAGGCACAUUGCCAAUCUGGACGUCAUUUCCCAGAACUGAUUCUUGUAGGAUGGAGUUUACUGCAGAUUAUUCUGUGCUAUUUUAAUGCAUCAGAUCCACUUAAAAACAGUGUCAAGCCAGGCAUAGUGGCAGGCAUGCCUCUAGCCCAGCUACUUGGGAGACCCAGGUGGGAGGCUCACUGGAGGCCAGGAGUUUGAGACCACCCUGAGCUGCAUUAAUAAGACUCCAUUCCAAAGAGGAAAAAAAAAUAAGCCUUUUCAUCAUGUCUACUGUUAUUGCCUUGAAAUUUGAGUAUGUAUGUGGUGUGUGUGUGGUAUAUAUGUGUUUGGAAGUGGUGUGCAAAAAUAUGUCUUAGAAAAACAAGGAGAGCUGUUGUUAUUUUUUUUAUUCUAGCCCUACGUUGGAAUGCCAAAUGUUGUUGGUUGUUUUACUCUUUUGGGGGGGGGGGCGUCACCCCGCUCCCAAAUAAAUCACACACGUUGUCUUAUUGUUAUUUAUAAAAGCCUGGCCUUCGCUUGGUUUGUU